AUGUACAACGGAGGGACGGUAAGUGGCAACAAGUUUGAUGAAACGACCGCGGAGUUGAUUUGUCGUAUCAUGGGGUACGACAAAGUCAUGAGCUGGAACAUUGCCAAUACCUACUCCCCCGAACCUAGUGCUCUAGUGAUUAGUGAAGCGUCUUCCUGUCUCUCCUGUCCUACCAACUCCACUUCCCUCGCUGGAUCUACCUACUGCUCCUGCAAUGAUGACACCUACAUAAGUCCUGACGGAGAUGAAUGUCUGGAAUGCCCGGAAAAUUCUACUUCUGUUAAAGGAUCAGCACACUGCACCUGUGUCGCUGGCACUUACCUCUACUCUAACCUCGGCAGCUGUGUGCCAUGUUCAAGUGGUACCGUCAGCAAGGAAGGAGGAACGGCCCCGAGUGACUGUGUGAGUUGUCUUGCUGGAUCAGUGCCAAUCAACAAUGGAAAAGUUUGCAGCUGUGAGAAGGGGUAUGGAUGGGGAUGGAACUCCAGCGGGGAUGGAUCUUGUAAAGUCUGUACUGCAAACUUCUUCAAAGACAGACAACAAGGUACUUGCAGGAGAUGUCCUCACGAAGCCACCUCCCUCCCUCUCUCUGAAGAGUGUCACUGUCCAAGUGGACUAUCUUGGGAUGGAGAAAGCUGUGUGAACUGCACUUCUCCAGGUAGCAGUAGUGGAGUGUGUAACUGCUUAGCCGGAACAUACUGGAGUGAGGACAGUAGCCAGUGUGAACCCUGUCCCACAAACCACUACAGUGGACAGUUCUUCUCCGUCUGCUCAAAGUGCCCUAUCUUCACAGUAUCUGAGUCCCAAUCUUCUGAAUGCUCUUCUUGUCCUAAAGGAUACUCCUGGGAGAACCAUGCCUGUACUGAAUGUCCAGAAAAUCACGUUGGAAACGGGGCUACUUGCAGCAUCUGUCCAGAAGGAACUUCACCGUCCAAAAAUAAAACCAUCUGCCAAAAGUCUGCUGACAUUCUGUCAAUGGUGUUCAUAGCGCUCUCCGUGAUCAUAAUUACCAUGGUCAUAGGAAAUAUUAUUUUCACGUGGAGGGAAAGACGAGCAAGGAUCAUGAUGGAAGAUAUACAGAUGGUGUACCAAGCUGAGCCUUCGACCAGUCAAAAGAAAGGUGGAAGUUGCAGUGAAGUUGCCAAACCUACUCUCCCAGAAAGAGGACACACCUUGCAGCAGGAUGACUUGUACGCCAACUUCAGCUAG